AUGCAGUACUUUGGAUUGACGGCAUUACUUGUGCAAAGUUUUUUGACAGCACGCAUUUGGAUAUUGAGUGAUCGAAACAUAUGGCUAACGGGUGUCAUCGGUGUACUCGUCGUCGGAGAGUUUGGAAGCAUCCUAGGUUCAUUUCAAUUGUCCACCCUCUUUUAUUCUGCUCACUCAAAAAACUCCACCAGCGUAUACGAUCAUUUCACGCUGUCAAUCACGGUCAACGCGCUAGCAGCAGCAGGAGACAUCCUCAUUGCUGGUACAUUAUGCACACUUUUACAUCUCUCACGUACUGGGAUACAUCGGUCAGAUACGAUAUAUACUAAACUUAUUGUUUUCUCCUUAAACACAGGCCUCCUCACUAGCCUGUGCGCUGUAGCAUCCCUCGUUUCCAUCCUUGCAGCUGGCAAUACGUUCAUUUACAUCGCAUUUUUCUUCUGCAUGGGACGUCUUUAUACAAACUCCCUCCUAGCGACACUCAACGCGCGAAAAAGGAUUCGCGGAUUGUCUGAUGGGAUUGAUACUCUCAGUACAGGCGUGGGGUCUUUGAGAUUCGCCAGACGGUCAACCGUGCUUGGAGCUCGUUCGUCUGGUCCGACAGGUUCUCAGCCAAAUGCAUCAUACGCAACAUCAACGUAUCGGUUCAUCCGGGACAUUGCGUCGGUUUCGAUGAGGGAAGAAAAUGCCUAUCCUGACACAGAUCGGGGUAAGGAGGUAAAUUUAUUCGAUCAACCUGUUUGUUGAUAUCUAUGCUUGGCUGCGUGCGGAGGGGAAUAGAAUCCGGAUCGGGAUAUGUAUUUUACACAAGAUGGCGUUAACGCUAGCUACGUAUUGUCGUAUAUCUUUAUACAGUGUAAGUUGGAAAAGGCGUUGCCAACAAGAA